AUGAAUAUCGACACCGGCGUGAACGAACAAUCAUCAACGACCAUGGAAGAUCAUUUCGACGGGGAAACAAAAGAACCAAAGACUUCUACAUGCGAAUUAAUCAAAGAUCAGCUCUUCGAAGUUGGACCACGCUACACAGAUCUAAAGUACAUCGGCGAAGGUGCUUACGGCAUGGUCGUAUCAGGUCACGACAACCGAACCAAUCAACGUGUUGCCAUAAAAAAACUAUCUCCAUUCGAACAUCAAUGUUUUUGUCAGCGAACAUUACGUGAGAUCAAAAUUCUAGCUCGAUUCAAACAUGAGAAUAUCAUCAAUAUACAAGAUAUUAUACGUUCGAAUAGCAUUGAACAGAUGAAAGAUAUUUAUCUAGUGCAACAAUUAAUGGAAUGUGAUAUGUAUAAAUUAAUUAAACACCAGAAAUUAAGCUCAGAACAUAUUUGUUACUUUCUUUAUCAAAUUUUACGCGGUUUGAAAUAUAUUCAUUCCGCAAAUGUUCUUCAUCGAGAUUUAAAACCAUCGAAUCUUUUGCUAAACACAAAUUGUGAUUUGAAGAUAUGCGACUUUGGUUUAGCACGUAUCGCUGAUCCAUCAUUCGAUCAUAAUGGCGUGUUAACUGAAUAUGUCGCGACCCGAUGGUAUCGAGCACCUGAAAUCAUGCUGAAUGCGCGUGGAUAUAAUAAGCCGAUUGAUCUCUGGUCUGUUGGAUGUAUUCUCGGUGAAAUGCUCAAUGGAAAACCAUUAUUCCCUGGAAAACAUUAUAUUGACCAAUUGAAUUUAAUUCUCAACGUUGUCGGUUCGCCCGAUGAACAAGACUUAGCUUCAAUUGUCAACGAAAAAGCACGAAAUUAUAUCUCGACUUUGAAAGUUCGUGUUAAACAACCGUUCUCACGUUUAUAUCCCGAAGCUGAUGGCAGCGCGCUCGAUCUUCUUGAUCGUUUAUUAACAUUCGAUCCAAACAAACGUAUCGACGUAUCGGAAGCAUUAGCCCAUCCUUAUUUAAAACAGUAUUACGAGCCGAAUGAUGAGCCAAUAGCUGCACAUCCAUUCACCGUCGAAAUGGAAAUGGAUGACUUUCCAAUAGCGAAAUUGAAGCAAUUAAUCUGGAACGAAACUAAACUGAUCAAAGAACAUAUUCUCUUACAACAAAUGCCAAUUAAAAUGUGA